CUUGAAAUCUCCAUGGAUGGGGGCACGUCCACAACAUAAGCAAUGUCGUAGAUCUUCUUUAGAAUCUUGUAAGGACCAUAUUUGAAAAGAUAUAACUUGCGAUGAGUACCCACUAGAAACCUCUCCUUCUUCAAAUAGACCAUGAUGGAGUCAUCUUUAUUGAACACCUUGACUCAUUUAUGUUUGUCUACGACAACUUUGUAUUUAGCAUUGGUUUUCUCCAACCUCUCCCUGACCUCAUUGUUCACCGCUUGGACGUUUUUUGCCAUAUGCUCAGCUGUGGUACUUACUCCAUGGGCCUUGGGUAGCUUCACUAAAUCAAUCACAUGGUUAGGAACUGAAGUGUAAAUCAAAGCAAAAUGUGAUUUUUCUGUGGCACUGUGAACAUCGCUGUUAUAGGCAAACUCCACUUGUGGUAGUGCAUUAUCCCACUGUUUGGGUUUGUCUUCACAGAUGCUAUGGAUCAUGUUACCCAAAGUUCUGUUAGAAACUUCUGUCUGGCCAUCAAUUUGGGGAUGUGCGGUAUUGAUGCGAUUAAGGGCGGUUUCAAACAUCUUCCAUAAAGUAACCCAGAAGUGACUAAGGAACUUUGUGUCACGAUCAGAGGUGAUGAAUUUGGGCAUGCCAUGAAAACGAACAACCUCCCUGAAAAACAAUUUGGUUAUGCUAGCAGCAUCAUUCGUUUUCUUGCACGUGAUGAAGUACGCCAUCUUGGAGAAUCUGUCAACAAUAACAAAACUAGAAUCUACUCUCCUUUGUGUACGAGGGAGUCCCAACACGAAGUCCAUUGAAAGGUCCUACCAAAUAUCAUUAAGCAUAGGCAAAGGCGUGUAAAAACUAGUAUUUUGAGACUUACUCAAAGCAUCUGCCACACGAUUAAGGGUACCUGAUUUAUGUUUAAUCACAAAAGGGAAUUUCUGCAGGAAGGUACUCCACCUUAUAUGCAUCUUGCUCAUGGAUUUCUGACUAUUGAGGAACUUCAGGGCCUGGUGAUCUGUAUAAAGUUCAAAUUCUCGUUGUACCAAGUAGUGCUCCCACUGUUUCAAAGCACGAACUACUGCAUAAAAUUCUUCCUCGUAAGUACUCCAUUUUUGGUGAGCUUCACUAAGUUUCUCACUAAAAAAGGUCACUAGUUUCUUCUCUUGAGACAAAACUGCACUUACAAAUGGACAACGGUAUCUUACAAACUUCUGUGACUUGAAUUGAAGGGCCUCUCUUCACCCAUCUCAAGGAAUAAGGUGAUUCAUGCUUCUCCGUUGACAACUUUAAAUAAUCCAAAACUUUUUUGGAUGUGAGAUUCUCACAACUGCCACCAUUGAUAAUUAAACUACUCACCUUGUUGUUGUCGGUACAAAAAGAUUGAAAGAUCUUAUGCCGCUGCACUUCCUCUUGUCUUGGUGCGAGUAACAACCAUUGCAAGACUAGGUUAAUUAAUUUGUUGCCUUCCUUAUAGACGAAAUCACCUCCUUCAUACUUUUCAUUAGCACCAUGAUCCUCAUUCGCUUCAACCAAGUUAACUUGCCGACGAUUGGGACAAUUGUUGGAUUUGUGGCCUAGUUUGCCGCAACGAUAAUAGUGAUCUCCAUAAGGUUUUGCAUAUGGAUUCAAUCUCUGGACUUAUCCUCAGUGCGACUACUGCCUUCUGUUACUCUCUUUGUGCCUUGCCAUUUGUUAGUAUUAUUAUUCCCAGGAACUUGUGCAACUUCUUUACCUUUGUCUUUUGCAGGGAUAGGUGAAUUGGCAGAUUUCUUCUGAAACUUGCUAGAACUCGAUCGUUUCUCGUUCUCCAUAAGCUCCGCCUUGAGGGCCAUGCUAUUGGCCUCUUGCACGGUUCAAAAAGUCUACAAUCCAAUUCGAUCUUGGAUGGAAGGUUUAAGCCCAUUCAUAUACCUUACCACUUGUUGACUAUCGGUUUCAUCAAGGUUAUUAUGCUUUGCGAGGCGCAAAAAUUCAGAUGUAUACUUUGCCAUCGUCCUAUGGCCUCGGAUGCAAUUGUGGUAAGGCGGUACAAAUAUUGCUUAAAGUCUGCCGGGAGGAAUCUGUCAGUCAUUAAUUGCUUCAGGAGAUUUGCCUUACCUUUUGUGCAUCUUCUGUAAUUGAUUCCACCAUACUGCAACACUUCUUUUGAGAUGAAAAACUAUUAGCUUCACCAUCUUCACCUCGGGAACCUCUAUAAGUUCAAAAAACCUCUCCACUUCAACAAGCCAAUCCAAUAAAUCUUCAACUUGUAUGUGCCCAUUGAAAUAUGGGAUUUCAGUCUUCAUACGAUAGUCUUCUUGGCGUUGGUUAUUGGGUUGGACAUGAUUGUCAUGAAUUUCUUCCUCCGACUCCUCAUCACUAUCUUCUUGACGAGGGUGCCAUGGGGGACGUAGUUCGUUACGGGGGUCUUCUCCUCUGUUUUCGUUUGGUCGUGCUUGGUUUCCCAAGGUCAGGAUCAUCUGACAUAGACCCUUGAUUGCUGUAUUUAAUUCAUCACGAGUGAUUGGUUCCCCAUCUCCACGGGUCCUCUCUUCUCCGUCUAGACGAGCCAUUGGAGGGACUUCAAGUCAGGCAAAAAUCUACUAUGAUACCGAUUGAUGCAGCGAGAUAUAAAGAAUAGGGAGAUCGAACGAUAAUAAUGACGGAAUCCACCAGAGAAAUUGAGUAAACCUCAAAUAUAUUGAUUAAAAAUAGGAUGAAUAAUCUCAUGAUGCUCCAAUGCAUUCCUUUUAUACAAGAGAAACCAUAGACUUGCUUGGAAAGCCAAUGAGAAACCCUAGACUUGCUAAGAAAGCUAAUUAGAAAAGAAAAAGGAAAAUAAUAAAAGUCUCCCAAAAUAGUCUAAAAACUUUAAACACUGAAAAGUCAAAGUAAACUAUAGACUUUGGCUAAAAUAGCCCAUACAUCACUGCAAAGCAGUGUGUUGCAUUUUUCACGCCGUUGUCUUCGAAACGAUAGGUCAUGCGCUAGAUUCUGAGCUUGGGCGACGACGUGCGGGCCUGUCUAGCUGUUCCUCGAUCAACUCGGCCAUAUGUUCUACAUCACUUUGUAUUUGAUUAUAUCCACACAAGUUGUGUGGGCAAAUAAAGUCUGAAGGAUGGCGUAUCCUAUGCGUCUUGAAGCAUCUUUCAUCCUCUCAUUAUCAUUCCAACUUAAACACUUCUUCCGUGAGCCAUUCCCACAUAUUUUGUAAAGAAAAAUCUGUAAGAGGAAUUCUUGGUAUGUAAGGAAAGUCACAAGUCACUCAACACUUGAUUAUAUGCACUAAUUUACAAGGGGAAAAUCCUUCGCUAAGAGUGUAAGAGGGGGUCAUUGCGUUGCCACUCCCAUGUACCAUUCUUCAGAGGUAAUUUUACUUUUCUUUUUCCAUGGCUGAUGAUUUUCCUGGAUCGUUUUGUAGCUUUGUGCAUAUAGCCAAGUCAAACAAUUGCUAAACUAAAAUCUGAUCUAGCUAGUCUCAGCAACUGCUUUUAUAUUCCCUUUCUUUCUAAACAACAAAAGGCCACAAAUCUCUCAAGCUGCCAGUGGCAACUUAUUUCUAGCUCUCUUUGUCUCUUGCUUAAACGGGUCCUCGGGUGCAACUUAAUUAACCCCUUCCAUCUCCAAUACCAGAUUCUCUUUCUUCUAUAACUAAAUACUCAUAAACAUACGAAAGAGAGGGAUAUGGAGUUCAUUGGGUGCUUUCUAGUUUUCAUCAUCAUCAUCAUGACUCUGUUCUACACGGGUUUCAGAUCAUUUACAUCUUCUUCUUCUUCUUCUUCUUCUACUUCUUCUGUUGCUGCUGCUGAUAUUGAUAUCCCUCCUCUUCAAGAAAAGUAUGAUGUGUUUAUUAGUUUUAGAGGUAAGGAUACCCGCCGUACUUUUACCAGCCAUCUCUAUCAUGCUUUAUGUGGGAAGAAAAUCGAAACCUACAUAGAUUACAGGCUUGUGAGAGGAGAUGAAAUUGUGCCUGCCCUCCUCGAAGCAAUCAAGAGAUCAGCAAUUUCGGUAAUCAUUUUCUCAGAAAACUAUGCUUCUUCUACUUGGUGUCUGGAUGAACUUGUGCAUAUACUAGAAUGCAAGCAAAAAAAUGGCCAGUUGGUUAUACCCAUUUUUUACGACAUCACUCCAUCAAAUGUACGGAAACAACAGGGAAGUUAUGCACUUGCAUUUCGUCAUCUUGAAAAAUGUUUCAGGGAUAGUAACGACAAGGUGCACAAGUGGAGGGCUGCAUUGACAGAAGCAGCCAGUCUAUCUGGGUUUGAUGAUUCAGAAAAAACAGAGUUGGAGGCCAAUUUAGUUAAAAGAGUUGUCCAAGAUAUUUGGGCCAAAUUGCACCGGGAAUCGUCAAUUGAUUUAAGGGGCCUGGUAGGAAUUGAAAGGAAAAUUGAGAAAAUUGAGUCGUUAUUGUGCUUGGAUUCACCAUGUGUUCGCUGUGUAGGUAUUUGGGGAAUGGGUGGUAUUGGCAAGACCACCCUUGCGGAUGCUAUAUUUCUAAGGUUGACCCCUAAAUUCGAAGCUCAUUGUUUUCUUGCAAAUGUUAGGGAGAAAUCAGAACAAACGGAUGGACUGAAUCAGUUGCGAAAUAAACUUCUUGGUGAGAUAUUAAAAGAAAAAGAUCUAAAUAUCGACACUCCUUCUAUACCACCUAUUACUCGAUAUAGGCUCAGCAGCACAAAGGCGCUCAUUGUUCUUGAUGAUGUGAACGCUCCAAGCCAACUAGAAUUUCUUGUUGGUUAUCAUGAUCAGUUUUGCCAAGGAAGUCGAAUCAUUAUAACUGCUAGAGAUAAGGGCCUACUUGAGCAAAAAGUUGACCAUGAUAAGAUAUACAAGGUUGAGGGAUUAAGUUCCGAAGAAGCUCUUCAGCUCUUUCAUUCGCAUGCUUUCAGAAAUAAGUCUCUAACAACAGAUUACACUGAGUUGUCAAGAAAGGUGGUAGAUUAUAUUGAAGGCAUUCCAUUAGCUCUUAAAGUUAUGGGGUCCUUAUUCCUUGGUUGCAAGAGCAAACAAGAGUGGGAAGAUCAACUGAAUAAAUUGAAACGAUUUCCAAGCGAAGAAAUCAAGAAAGCAUUGAGAGUAAGUUACGAUGGAUUAGAAGAAAAUGAGAAGGAGAUAUUUCUUGAUAUAGCAUGUUUUCAUAAAGGCUAUAGCAGGAAUUAUGUAAAAGAGUCAUUAGAUGGACGUGGUUUCUGUGGGGAAGUCGGAAUCAAAGUUCUCAUUGAUAGGUCUCUCAUAUCAAUUUCAAAAGGACGAAUAGAGAUGCAUGAUUUGGUGCAAGAAAUGGGUAGGGCAAUUGUUUGUGAACAACGUAUUGAAGAACGCAGUAGGUUGUUCACAGCAAGGGAUGUCUAUCAAUUAUUGAAUAACCAGAGAGCUGCAACUGUUCAAGCCAUAUCCCUUGACUGGUCUGAGAUUGAAAAGCUAAACUUGAAUGAUGCAGACUUCAAAAAGAUGUAUCAACUGAGAUGGCUACAUGUUGGUUAUUCUUGGUUUCUUGAACACCACACAUUAAUUGGUUCUCUUGAUCUUCCCAAUUAUCUUAGUUAUCUUAACUGGGAGAGAUAUCCUUUGCAAUCCUUGCCAUCCAAAUUUUCUCCUGUAAAUCUUGUUGAGCUUCGUCUGCCGUACAGCCAAGUUACUGGGUCGCAACUUUGGAAUGAAGAGCAGAAGCUUAUCAACUUAAAAGUGAUCAGUCUUCGUUUCUGCGAAUAUCUAACUGAAGUUCCAAAUCUCUCUCGGAGUCUAAAAAUUGUACAUAUAGAUCUUCGUGGUUGUGUAAGUUUGGUUGAAAUUCCUUCGUAUUUUCAAACACUUGACAAGCUUACUUAUCUUGAACUUGGGGGCUGCACAAAUCUCAAAAAUCUUCCCGAAAUUCCAUGUAAUGUUGAAUUCUUAGAUUUGUCUAAGACAGCAAUAAAGGAAUUGCCAUCAACAGUUUGGUCUCACAAAAAAAUUACUUACUUUGAUAUUACAAAUUGUAAAUUCCUUGAGAAACUUCCAGGCCGCAGUUGUAAGCUGAAUGUCUUGGGUACUUUUAGUCUAGAGGGUUGCGUAUCUCUUUGCGAGUUUUCAGAGCUUCCCAGGAAUACAACAGUGCUAGAUUUGAGGGGCACAACAAUAAAAGAAUUGCCCUCAUCAAUUGAGUUUGUCUCUAGUCUCACUACAAUUAAACUGGAAGCUUGCAAAAGCCUUGUGAGUCUCCCAACGAACAUUUGGGGGUUGAAAUCCCUUGAGAGCCUUGAUCUCAGUCGCUGCUCCAAAUUUCAAUACUUCCCAGAAGUCUCGGAGCCCGUGGAACAUCUGGAGUUUCUAAAUUUAUCAGGUACAGCGGUUAAAGAACUACCCCCAUCAAUUGGAAAUCUAGUUGCCCUUCGAAAAUUAGACCUCCACAUGUGCAAGAACCUUGAGGUUGUCCCAAACAGCAUCUACAAUUUAAGCAACCUUAAAACUCUCAGGUUUGAUGGAUGUUCGGAACUGAAGAAAUUGCCUCCUGUCUCAGUAGACUUAGUCGGUUUGCUCUCUUUGGAAGCACUAAACCUCAGUUAUUGCAGUAUACAAGAAAUCCCUGAUGGUCUCGUUUGCUUAACCUCAUUACAAGAGUUAAAUCUGAACAAUGCCAAAAUUAAGAGCAUACCUGGAAGCAUCAAACAAGCAGCUGAGUUGUCUUGCCUGUGCCUAAGCGAUUGCAAGAACCUUGAAUCUUUACCAGAGCUCCCCCCAUUGCUACAACGUCUUGAAGCAGGUGGUUGCACGUCACUGAAGACAGUGUCAAGUUCAAGCACUGCACUCAUACAAUGUUGGGACGAAUAUAUAUUUUCUCGAAGGCUUCAUGAGAAACAUAUAUUUUCUAGUUGCCCAAAUUUGGAUCCGAAUGCACGAAGCAACAUAAUGGCUGAUGCACAGCUUAGAAUUAUGCGAAUGGCAACUGCAUCAUCAAAGUUUAAAGAAGAAAAAAUUGAACGAGCAUCAUAUGAUUCAGAUGAUGAAUUUUUUAUGCAUGAUGUGAUUCAGGAAAGUUUUUGUGGGAGAUGUUUAGUUGCCAUUAAAUGUCCAGGGUAUGACAUUCCAAAUUGGUUCAGCCAUCAAAGUGAGGGAUCUUCAGUAAAGAUUCAGCUUCCUCCUGAUUGGUUUAGCACAGAUUUCUUGGGUUUCGCUCUAUCUCUUGUCGUUGCAUAUGCUCCUUUGUAUAUGAAGAUUAGAUGGAAGUACAGCUUCAAAGCUAGUAACGGGGAAAGCCAUGAAAUAAAAAAUAGUUUGUAUAAUCCGUAUCUGUUUGGAAGCAGUUUCCAAGAUUCUCAUGAGGUGUUUGUAUGGUGGUAUAAUGUCUUUGAAGUUGUAGAGGCAGCUCAAAUCCCCACUGCAUUUUACAAACUUGUUACCGAGGUCUAUGUUGACUUCAGCAUAGACAAAUAUUCCGCCUACAGACCCAUUCCGGAGAAGUGUGGGGUCUGUCUGUUGUAUGGCGAAGAUGCUGAGAUCAUAAAGCAGAGGGCUUUGUAGAUCAAGCCCUUUGCUUUGAGUUGUUGCAAGCUCAAGCUCAAGCUCAAAUUCAAAUUUUGUUUUUAUUUGAGCUGUUGCAAGCUUUGUGGCUGAGGAUGCUUUUGAGUUUGUUAGGCUUAGGAAUGUCUUUCUUGUUUUAAACCUUCGGCCUCUCCAUCACCAAGCUUUUUGGUUGAGGAUGUCUUUCAGUUUUACUUCUUAUUUAGAUAUUAAAAUUUUAUUUUACAUGAGUUGUG